CUGCGUCCGCAUUCAGCUCGUGUGGCUCGUAGUAGCGAAUAAAGUCAUCGCGAGAAAAGAUGGUGGUGACGGUGGCUUCUGUACGUCAACAACUCACGAAUUUGGCUCAUUCCGGCGGCUCUCACAAGGACCAGGCCGAGAAGUACCGCGGAACUUUGGAUCAGAUAUUGUUGUCUUCCGGCGAGGAGCUGGUGGAUGCUUUGAAGACGUUCAUCGAAGCAAUUGUAAAUGAGAAUGUGAGCCUAGUGAUUUCGAGACAAGUUCUGACAGAUGUAAGCAGUCGCUUAUUGUUUUUACCGGAUGAAAUAUCAAAAGCUGUCUCACAUUACACAUUAGAUAAGGUACAGCCACGUGUAAUCUCUUUCGAAGAGCAGGUAGCUAGUAUAAGGCAACACUUAGCUGAUAUUUACGAGCGUAAUCAGAACUGGCGAGAGGCAGCGAAUGUUCUAGUUGGCAUACCGUUGGAAACAGGACAAAAGCAAUAUACUGUUGAUUACAAACUCGAAACUUAUCUUAAAAUCGCCAGAUUAUAUUUGGAAGAUGACGAUCCAGUCCAAGCCGAAGCGUUUAUCAACCGGGCGUCUCUCUUGCAGGCCGAAUCGAAAAACGAACAAUUACAAAUCUAUUACAAAGUGUGCUACGCCAGGGUACUAGAUUAUAGAAGAAAAUUCAUCGAGGCAGCACAGAGGUACAAUGAAUUGUCGUACAGAUCCAUCAUCCACGAGGACGAGCGCAUGACGGCCCUUAGAAACGCCUUGAUUUGCACAGUAUUAGCUUCCGCAGGACAGCAAAGAAGUCGGAUGUUGGCCACGUUGUUCAAGGACGAACGUUGCCAGCAACUCCCGGCUUACUCGAUCCUCGAGAAGAUGUACUUGGAUCGUAUAAUACGGCGCUCCGAGUUGCAGGAGUUCGAGGCGUUGCUGCAACCUCACCAGAAAGCGUGCACCAUAGACGGCCUGGGCUCCACCAUUCUCGAUCGCGCUGUUAUUGAACACAACUUGCUGUCCGCUAGUAAAUUGUACAACAACAUCACGUUCGAAGAAUUAGGCGCCCUGCUGGACAUCCCGCCGACCAAAGCGGAGAAAAUCGCUAGCCAAAUGAUCACCGAGGGUAGAAUGAACGGUUACAUCGAUCAAAUCGACUCCAUAGUACACUUCGAAACACGCGAGACCUUACCAACGUGGGACAAGCAGAUACAAUCGCUCUGCUACCAAGUGAAUCAAAUAAUCGAGAAGAUAGCCCAAACCGAGCCGGAAUGGAUCGCGAAAGUGAUGGAGGAUCAAAUGGUGCAUUAAUAUAGAUCUUGUUUAAUACACGAGGAGGAAAGAGACCGGUCGCGCGCGCAGACACACAUACAUACACACACACACACACACACACAUACACACGGGAAUCGCUUGUAACGUAUGAUAAUAUGAUAACGGAAACCAGCCAAAACCAAUAAAAACACUUGCAUUAUAGCUCACCGUUGAAAAAAGCGCGAGUGUCGCUCAUCACAUGUCAUGUAAUAUACACUGUAUUUUGGUUAUCUUCCUUCCAUAAUGGACAAACACACAUACACAUACACACACACCGUGUGAAAUCUUUCGUUUGGCAGUUUUCCAGAGGUACAUUUGUAUUUUUAAAAACCAUCAGUAGGCAGUAUUACGUUCGAGGUGUGUAUCUUAAAUGUAUAUUGCGUCAUUGAAACUACAAGUGUCGAUCCUAACGUUUCUUAUUCGCUUGCUAAGGAAGAAAAAAAAAAAGGAUAGAACCUAAAAGGUGGAUAUAUUAAUUUGUCGCUGUAAAAUUGAUUAAUUCUCAAAAGCGUUCAGACACGUCUCAUUUCUAAUUCGACUUCGCUAUAAAAUUUAGACAAGAUCAUUAUAGAUGGAAAAGCAAUGUAAGUUCUUCUUGUAAAUAAAUCACAUUCAUACUUCG